CAUAUUCCAAAAUCAACCAUUACCAUCUCGAAACGUGGAUAAAACUCCAAAGAUAUUCCAUUUCCGCAACAAAAAGUUAAGUCCUUUUGCAGCCCCCUCCCCUGCAAAACCCUUUUUUUUUUCCUUCUCCCACGUAAACCCUUCACAUGAAACGUUAAUCCUUUACGCACCUAACCUUCCUCCUCUCUCGGAAAUCCGCCAUUUCCCCCUCUCCCUUUGGAAAAUGGUGGAGAAUGGAGAGACAGUUUCAUUAGAGUUUUACAGUUUUCUUUCCCUUGUUUGAUCGUUGAAUGGGAAAGAAAUAGAGAAACAGCGAACAUCUCGUUUUUCUACGCUUUCUUACUACACCUAUAUAUACUCAACAGACUCUUCGUUUUCUUUUGUCAAUACCCAUAAAACCGAAACCCUUUUCGUUUCAUCACGUUUCUCUGCGUUUGCUUUUCUUUGAUAGGUGUUUUUUUAGUGGUUUUUAGUUUUUGCUCGGUUUUGUUUCUUCAAGCUUUCAACUGGAAGGGAAAAGAAACAAAAAAAAAAAAAGACCCGGAGUGAUAUGUUUACUGAGUCAACUAGGAAACUAGCUCGCCCAACCAGACCCCGCUACCUCCCUCCGCAGUUGAGACCCCAAAAUGCUAAUGUUGUAUCUCCUGAUACUGGCGCCGCUGAGUUAACUCGCCCACGUUUCAGCCGUUUCAACUUGCCUCAACCUGCUCGAACCACCCGCGGCAGUGGACCCCGGUUUACCAACCGCCGAAACCCAAACUGGGAAGAUGAAAAGUUCGAUGAGUUAGAGGUCAUUGAUGACACGUCAGAAGAAACAAACGAAACCAACUUCGACGCCUAUGAGGAUAUUCCGGUGCAAGCAAGCGGCGAGAACAUACCACCGCCGGUGGAGACCUUCGCGGAGAUCGAUUUGGGGGAUGGUUUGAAGCAAAACAUAAGGAAGUGCAAGUAUCUGAAGCCAACUCCAAUCCAACGCCAUGCGAUUCCUAUAGCGGUUGCGGGUCGGGAUUUGAUGGCUUGUGCACAAACUGGGUCAGGUAAAACGGCUGCAUUCUGUUUUCCUAUUAUUUGUGGGGUUCUGAAGGAUCAGUUGUUGCUUGCUUGUCGUGAUGGAAGACCGGUGGCGUGUCCCCUUGCUCUUAUUUUGGCUCCUACCAGAGAGUUGUCUUGUCAGAUACACGAGGAGGCAAAAAAGUUUGCUUAUAGGACUGGGGUUAAAAUCGUUGUUGCAUAUGGAGGGAAGCCUAUUUCUCAGCAGUUACGCAACUUAGAAAAAGGUGUUGACAUAUUAGUUGCUACUCCUGGACGAUUGGUGGAUAUGAUUGAGAGAGCAAAACUUUCUCUUGGAAUGAUAAAGUAUCUAGCCUUAGAUGAGGCAGACCGAAUGUUGGAUAUGGGCUUUGAGCCUCAGAUUCGUAAGAUUGUCGAGAAAAUGGACAUGCCUCCACCUGGAACAAGGCAGACAAUGCUUUUCAGUGCUACGUUUCCUGAUGAGAUACAGAGACUUGCUUCUGAUUUCCUUUCAGACUAUGUAUUUCUGGCUGUUGGAAGGGUUGGUUCAAGCACUGAUUUGAUUGUCCAGAGAGUUGAAUUAGUUCAGGAGAUUGACAAAAGAAACCAUCUUUUGGAUCUUCUUCGUUCUCAAAAGUCCAAUGGAACCUGUAUUAAGCAUGCUCUAACUCUAGUUUUUGUGGAGACAAGGAGAGGUGCAAAUGAGUUGGAACGCUGGUUGUCAAUGUAUGGUUUUCCGGCAAUUGCAAUACAUGGUGACAAAGUUCAGAUGGAAAGAGAGCACGCUCUGAGAUCCUUUAAAAGUGGUGCUACUCCAAUUUUAGUUGCUACAGAUGUUGCUUCACGAGGACUUGAUAUCCCUCAUGUAGCACAUGUUAUUAAUUUUGAUUUGCCAAAAAACAUAGAUGACUAUGUGCACAGGAUAGGGCGAACAGGCCGUGCUGGGAAAUAUGGCCUGGCUACCGCAUUCUUCAGUGACAAGAACUUGCCACUUGCAAAGCCAUUGACUGAAUUAAUGAAGGAAUCAAAUCAGGAAGUGCCAUCUUGGCUAAUCGAAUAUGCUGAGAAUUCCUCCUUUAGUGGUGGUGGUGGUGGUGGUUGGGCUAAACACGCUGCAGGCAAUUUUGGUGGUUAUGAUUUCCGAAAAGGCAUUGCAUCUGGGAAUGAGAGUAGUUACUAUUCAAGCACUUAUAAUGAUGCUAACGCUGUACCUGCCAUUGGUGGUUAUUAUGUUGCUGCUAGUGCUAAUGCUCAAACUUUUCUUGGCGGUGCUGACUUCUAUGCUGAUCCUUACACGUUAUCUGCUAAUGCUGAUUAUUUGGUUGCAAGUAAUGCAAAUCUCUAUCCUGCUGCGCCACAUGAAUAUGCAUAUAGUUUUGGAUCGGUUGUUGCCAGUGGCUGGGACUAGAUUUGCAUCCCUCCUUGUUCAUGGCUUCAUUUGAUAGGCAUGUUAUAUGAAUAGUUUGGAAUGCAAUAGCUGUUGAAGACCAACCCAAGCAUAGGUUGGAGAUAGGCAUGAUGAACUGUCAUCAGAUUUCAGACUUUUAUGGGUUUAGCAUAUUCCAGUUGAUGUUCAAAACCAGAUGACUGCCAUGUUUGUUGGUCAUCUUUUGUACUGAAAAAUUGACCAAUUUAUAUACUUUAUAUUGGCUGGCUAGAUGUUGGAAUCAUGUUUGCUGUGUAAUUUAAUUGAUAAGCCAACAAUUUGUGAAAUGCUUUAAUAGAAUGAGCAUCCAACCAUCCCCU